GGUGUCAGGUGUGUGUGGCGGCAACUAGGUGAAGAGUACAAAGACAAAGUGUGUCUUGCCUACAGUCAAGCAUGGUGGUGGGAGUGUCAUGGUCUGGGGCCACAUGGUGGUGGGAGUGUCAUGGUCUGAGGCCGCAUGGUGGUGGGAGUGUCAUGGUCUGGAGCCGCAUGGUGGUGGGAGUGUCAUGGUCUGGGGCCGCAUGGUGGUGGGAGUGUCAUGGUCUGAGGCCGCAUGGUGGUGGGAGUGUCAUGGGUCUGGGGCUGCAUGAGUGCUGCCGGCACUGGGGGGUACAGUUCAUUGAGGGAACCAUGAAUGCCAACAUGUACUGUGACAUACUGAAG